UACCCUCAAUUCAGUUACCAAGUGCCCGUUAACACAAAACACUCGCACUUUCUUUUUAUAAUAUUCGCUUGUAAUUUUUAAAAAAAAUAAUAUGCUAUUUUAAAUAUCAUACCAUAGUCUUAAAGAUCAUUAAGUUUUAAUUAUUAAUAACAAUUUAAUGAUUGAGCAAUGGAUUAAUGGCAGACAUGGUUAUGAAGGUGACAUCGAAAUAUAGUGACGAUUCUAUUUCAUCACUUAACAAAUUGGAUCAGUCCAAUGAAUCACUAAACCGAUCUUUUAAUGAUCUUGGAGAUCAAGAAAAUGGAAUCUAUGUUGUUGUCAGGGUGCGACCUAUAAGUAUCAAAGAAAAUAAAGCUAAUGAAACAUCAGUUGUAUCAUUUCCAGGAAAUGGACGUAUAGUGGUCGAGAGUUUACCAUCAAUUGGGGGAUCCAAUGGGCCCAAAAACAAGUUAUUUUCUUUUAACGUUGUUUUUGAACCAGCAUCUAACCAAGAAGAUGUCUUCCAGUAUUCCGGUAUUAAAAAACUUAUAGAAAUGGCGGCUGAAGGAUUUAACACAACAUGCUUUUGUUACGGUCAAACAGGCAGUGGAAAAACUCAUACUCUUACAGGUCCACCAGGGAUGUUUUUUCAUAAGCGGAUUGAGCCAUUUUCAAAGAAUCACGGACUUGUCUUUCGAUCAUUCAUGUAUCUAUUCCGGUUGUUACAACAGAGACAAGACCAUCAUUUUGUACUCAAGGCAUCUUUCCUAGAAAUAUACAAUGAAAAAGUUAUCGAUUUACUGAAUCCGGGCACUGCCAGGAAACCAUUAGAUGUUAGAUGGUCAAGAAAAUCACGUAAUUUUUAUGUAGAUAAUUUAUUUAUGGUAGAUUGUGAAGAACUAGAUGAUUUACAAGCUGUACUAGAAGAAGGUAUGAAAAAUAGAACUGUCGGAAGCCACAAUAUGAAUGACUGCUCCAGUAGAAGCCACACAAUGUUAACAGUAUACAUAACAUCUGAACAACAAAUAUCUGAGGAUGGUGUAUUUAUAACAAAACAAGGUAAAAUAAAUUUUAUAGACUUAGCUGGCAGUGAAAUGACUAAAAAAACAAUGAGUGAAGGAAAAACUUUAGAAGAAGCAAAUAAUAUAAAUAAAAGUUUAAUGGUAUUAGGUUAUUGUAUAGCAUCAUUAAGUGACCCAAAAAAACGCAAAGGUCAUAUACCGUACCGAGAUAGCAAGCUUACAAAACUAUUAUCCGACAGUUUAGCUGGCACUGGAGUUACACUUAUGAUAGCUUGUGUUUCACCAGCACGUUCAAAUACUAGUGAAACCUUAAGCACAUUAAGGUAUGCAGCUCGUGCAAAAAAAAUCAAAGCCAAACCCGUUAUAGUAAUGGACCCUCGAGAGUCACUGAUAGUGAGUCUGAGGCGAGAGGUAGAAGCACUUCAAAACGAAAAUGAUCAUUUACGAAAGGUUUUAGAUAUUAACAAAGCAUCAGUUACCAAAAUUAAUACUGUAAAAAUGCCACACAACAUGGAAAUGGAUCGGUUGAUACAAAUGGACCCUAAAGAACUCGUAGAUCUGGUCAAACACUAUGCAAAUGAGAAUGAAGCGUUACGUAAGGAAAACGCUGAGCUGUUCAACUCCAGAGACCUAAUGCAGAGGGAUCACGAAAUAGUUUGCCGGGAAAACGAACGUUUGUUAAAGAAACUUGAAGAUGUCAACUCGGCUUGUAUAAGAUCUCCGAUUAUUCCAGCCCGUGGCCAAUAUGUAGAUAAUGUUGAGACGAAUGCUGUCAAAAGUAAUCUACUUACGGAGAAUCAAAUGUCAGAAAGAACAGAAAGAGAUUUACCGGCGGCCUACAAAAAAAAAACAGAAAAAAAAGGAAUUAGAAAAACAAAAACAACCCCAAUUGAACAGCCACGUCAUGUAUACAAAAUUGAUGAUAGCUUAAAUUCAGCUGCAUCCUCAUUAGCUUCUAUUAUUAGCCGACAAGCCUUCGACAUUCCUUUAGGAGCUAGUGCUACAAGUGGCUACAGUGAACAUCGAUCCAGCCAAUUCAGGUUACCUAACAUUGCAAAUAAUCAUAGUGAGUCUCCAAAUGGUGACAUUCAGAAACGGGAACGUCAGCGACGGAACAGUAGUGCUGAAGGAAUCAAUGAUCCUUUUGGAAGUCCUGUGUCUCCUCGUUUGUACGACUUCAAGCAUAGUAGUACACAUUCAUCAAUUAAAGCUACUGCUGCAGGCCAUUAGUAUAGAUAUCUUAAGAAAAUUUAAUAAUUAAAAAUAAGCCAUUGUACCCACAAAAUAAAUUAAGUAAGAAACACUGAAUGUAAAAUAAUGAUCAUUGUUUUAACGUAGUACAUAAAACCUCAAUUAUUUUACUUCAAGACCCGAAAAAGUUAAAUAUCAAUUUGUUAAGAGAACUUAAAAUCACUCAAUAUUGACUUCAAGACAUGUCUACACAAUUUUUUUCUUUUAAAAAACAUAUUUUAUGUAUUUUCAUUUAACUUUCUCAAAUUUAAUCAUUUUCUAUAUACUUUGAUAGUGUUUAUUAAUUGAUUAUAAUUCAUAAAAUACAACAAAUAAUAAAAUUAAUUUUAAUAGUUUGAUCUCUAUGAAUUAUAUUGUUUUAUACCUAAUAAAGAAUUGUUAAAAGACCAUUCGUCCUUUUUUCGAAUUUAAUGAAUAUAUUUAUUACAUAUAUUUAACAAAUAUAUGUAAUCAGAUAUUUUAUUUGGGUGAUACUUAUUGUCUAUUAUUACAUAAUUUGAAACGAAUAGAUUCCUAAAAACCUAAUAAUUAACUUGUAUUGUAUUGCAACAGUUGGAUUCAAUAACUCGAUAAAAUUCGGGUAUUACAGCCCAGUAAAGUUUUGAUAUAUAUUAUGACAAAAUUUAUCGAAUAGAAAUUAUUAUUUAGAUUAUAAC